AGUUUUAGGGUUCAGGGCUUUUGAUGCAGGGCGUGCUGCUGCAGGUCUUGACGAGAUUGAUGUCUCCGCUUGUAGAAGAAGAAGCUAUUCGUCGCAGCGUUUGUAUGAGUACCGAGACCCACAAUUAAUUAAUUGUAUUAGGAGCAGGGAGUCAUCGAAGUUUGGAACUGUGGUGUCUGGGGUGCUGCGAGUGGCGAUUUCGAGCUUUUUGCCUCUGGGAAAUGAAGCCGGCGGUCAUGUAGAUAGGAAUUGCUGCGUGCAGAUGGGUGCAAUACGAUUGGUGAGAUAAGAAACGAGUAGCGAGAUGGCUUCGAGUGGACGAAAACCCUUCGGGCAGCCGGUUCCCGCAGCCCCUGUUGUGGUUGAUAGCAGCGGAGCUUCGUCUACGCGGUCCAGCAAACCGAGUUUUCAUGAAUGGAAGCUCUUUAUGUCGUCUAGAGCUUCGGAUGUUUUAGCGGAAGCUGGUCCCAUAAGAGUGAAACACGAUGAUGAUGACGUCGAGCAAACCGCUGAGUUCAAGAACAUAUUGAAGGAAGUAGAGCAGCUAGGAACCUCAACAUUGGAAUGGAAGGAUCGCAAGAAGUUGGAGACUGCCAAAUUGGUAGCUCUUGGAUCAAAGGCACCAAAGAGCUUUAAGAUGCCCGUCUCGAUGGGAGUUGGAAUGAAACGAAAACAAGAGCAUAGAGCUGAACAGAAGCGGCAAGAUGAAAUAGCGCAAGGUAUUCGCUCGGCAAAACGCACUGCUGCGGAGAGGAAACCUCCUCCUAAAAGGACGGCUGAGGAGAGAGGCUUAAACGCUUCAGAGGGAAAAUUCAAGGGAGGAGUACUGUAUGUGACACCCCCAUCCGCACCUGAAGGAAGAUCAUUCUCGAAGAGCUCUAAAGGUGAGGACAGGUUCUUUGAAGGUGGCAAGGGCAAGGGCGGAGGUGGCAAGAAGAAGGGUAAAGGUGGCAAGAAGAAAGGAGGCAAAAAGAAGGGAAAACGUUAGUGUGCGGCAUCAUUUGUAAAAGAAAAGCACCGUAUUUAAUCUUCACAUUCAAUGCAAUCCCUUGUGCAAUUUAGUUGGAAACAUACCUCAAGAUCUGCAGUGUGUAAACAUUGUGGACAAUAUUGUUCAGUUGCAUGUUCAAUCAGAACUGGUUAUCGUGAAUUCUUUGUUCGACUUAGGGUCUCUUCACACGAGCUGAGGGGAAAGUAGAGGACAACGAAGUGUAACACCCAUUUCGCUCGUAAGGAUUCAAUUAUUGGUAGUAGUUGUAAUGCACCAUUUAAUAGUUUUUAUGUAUCGAAAGCAAAGUAAUAUACCCAUCUUUGAUACUAGCCAAAGCUUAAAGAUAA